UCUGCGUUAAACCGUGCAACUUGAAAUAUUAUUAUUUUUUGCUCGUGAAAAAACAGGCAACAAAUUCAAGUUUCUAUUAAAAAUGGCCCAGCAGGGACAGGGUGAAAAGCCGCCGGGAGGACCGCCAGGACCUCCUCCGGCCCGUCCACCUAGAACUCCGCCCCGUGGAACGCCGAUGGCCUCGACUCCGGGCGAUGUGACUCCAGCUCGAGGGCCACCUCCUCCUCCAUCAACAAAACGCAUAUCGAUAGGAAUGGGAACGGAGAAGCCGGCUUCCAGCAGAGCCACCCGUACAGUACCUCCUCCAGGAACAGAUCCUGGCGGACCGUCGACGUCCCCCGGGAAACCUGUAAGAGAUUCCGGUCCCCCAACAUCGCCUAGGGCAAGUCUUCGGGACUCUGGUCCAUCGACUUCGCCUGGAAAAUCAGCAAAAGAUUCCGGUCAGGAUUACGGACCAGCGCCUCGGGCAAGUAUUCAGGAUUCCGGACCAGCGACAUCAACCCGGACUUCUAUCCGAGAUGCAGGUCCACCAUUAUCUCCCCGGACAAAUGUUCCAGAUUCGAGUUCUCGCCGAGUUAGUACCCAAGAUCCCGGAACUCGACGUUCAAGCUUUCAGGUGUCCGACCCAUCUUCAUCUCCGCGGAAGACUACAGCUGAUCCCCGGAUAACUUUUCAGGAAGCUGCACCAUCGACGUCUACCAAAACGGUUAAGCUAGCAGCAUCCGCUCCAAGUGCAGCAAAGCCUUCUCUAAAGGAUAGAUUUUCCGCAUUUAGGGGAAAGAAGAAAGCCGAGAUUUCGGAUGCACCGCCACAAGCCCGUGAUGUGAGGUCUUCUUCGUUAACCGGGCCCGCAGCAAUACAGAACAGGGCCAAAACGAAUCGCAUCCUCUACACGACCGAUGAAGAGGUGCGCGAUGCCCUCGUGGAGUUUUCCGUGUUCAUCAUUUUUCUUAUUUUAACAUCGCUGGUCGUUUUGUCUGUUCGACACUCUUACAUGUUCUAUUUCAACGACACGAUGAAGAAACUCUUCACGACCCGGGAACUGGUCGUGGCACCCUCGGUCACGGUUUGUUUCGACAAGCUGAUCACGGUGCCCGAUUGGUGGGACUACCUGAUCUACAACUUUCUGAUAACACUCCACGGCGACAUGACCUUCAUUGACGGCCAUUCGACAGACAAUAACACGGAACCAACCCAAGCGCCCCCUAUUCCCGGAGUGGACGAGGAAUCGCCCGAGGACUCGCCCGAGGAAUCACCCGAGGAAUCACCUGAGGAAGCUCCCGAGGAAUCGCCUGAACUUGCCGACUCCGAACCGGAAAGGUUGCAGGAGGGCUUCCAAUAUCGCGGAAGUCCCCACGAAGACUGGGAGGCGGGGGGCAGAGUGAUCCGUCAGGCGGACUCAAGUCAAUUCGUCGGGGACGGCGGUGAAGAUGUUAUAUCAGAUAACAGAGGCAGCAAUAUAACCUCACAUCAUCUGGAGGGACGCGUCUUCCUAUACGAGAAUCUACUCCUGGGUCCGCCACGCCUUCGUCAAAUCAGAGUGCGGAAGGAGAGCUGCUACGUGAACGACGCCUUCAUCCGGUACUUCAACACCUGCUACGCCGCGUAUUCCAGCGGAGCGGAGGAUCGCCAGGCGAUGUACAAGGGUUCGCCGUACCGCACCAUGAACGACCUUGACUCGACCCCCAUCUGGACAGUGCUGGCAUUUUAUCGCAGCGGCGGGUACACGGUGAACUUGGACUAUGACAAAAAUGAAAACCUGAAGACCAUCAGCCACCUGAAGGACAUUCACUGGCUGGAUCGUGGGUCGAGACUCUGUCUAAUUGAGUUCAAUUUGUAUAACGAAAAUACAGACAUCUUUCAGAGCGUUAAGUUGAUAGCGGAGAUUCCGCCAACGGGCGGUGUUAUACCUCAAGCCCAUCUGCAAACUGUAAAGCAAUAUUCCUUUUUCACCGACCGCAGCAUGGUCAUGACUGUGAUCUACAUUUUCUGGUAUAUUAUGAUUAUUUACUACACCAUCUAUGAAAUUAUUGAAAUUCGUAAAUCUGGGAUCAAAAACUACUUCUUCUCGAUGUUAAAUAUGCUCGAUUGUGUUAUAUUGCUGGGCUGUUACCUUGCUUUAGUAUACAAUGUUUGGCACACCUUUAAAGUACAGUCUCUCACUGCCAAAGCCCGUGUCGAAUUGACAUAUCAAAGUCUGGAUGUUCUUUGUUUCUGGAAUAUAAUUUAUGUGGAUAUGAUGGCCAUUUUGGCCUUUCUCGUGUGGAUAAAGAUAUUCAAGUUUAUCAGUUUCAACAAAACACUCGUGCAAUUUACGACUACACUAAAAAGGUGCUCCAAAGACUUGGCCGGCUUUAGUUUAAUGUUUGGAAUCGUAUUUCUGGCCUAUGCUCAGUUGGGUCUUCUUUUAUUUGGCACUAAGCACCCAGACUUUCGUAAUUUUAUUACUUCUAUUUUGACUAUGAUAAGGAUGAUUCUAGGCGACUUUCAGUAUAACCUUAUUGAGCAAGCAAAUCGAGUUCUGGGUCCUAUUUAUUUCCUGACCUACAUCCUUCUUGUGUUCUUCAUUUUGUUGAACAUGUUUCUGGCCAUUAUCAUGGAGACCUACAACUCGGUGAAGAGCGAAAUCACCCAAGGCCGCAGCCACUUGGGCUCCUAUAUCUAUAAGAAACUGACGGGAAUGCUUUACUGGGUCACCCACUGUGGCCGAAAACGCAGACCUCAACCUCUGACCUCACCGGCCGAGGAUAAGGAUGCGGAACAGGAUACCAGUACCGCUCAGGAAGAGCCCCAGGAGGUGCGAAAGAACAUGACGCCAGCAGAAGCAAAAUACUACCAGGAUAUUCCACCAGGAGAAAACCAAGGCAUGGUUCGUCUGAAUAAUCGUGUGGGUCUGCUGGAAGAAAUUUUGGAAAAGCUGAUCACCAAUAUGGAUGAUAUUUUAAAACGUGUCGAGAAGGAGCGCAAUACAAAGAAAAAAUAGAAAUGUUUAUUUAUUACGUUGUUCUUCAAUGUUACUUAAAUUAAUUGAAUAGAUUUACAAAAAUUAA